ACAACAAAAAAUUUAUAAAGUUUAUACUUCGCUGGAGCACAACAAAAAUAAGUGAUAAACAAAAAGAGUUGUGUCAAAAAUAAGUAUGAAAGUAAAAUAAAAACAGUUGACGUAGCUAUUUGUUUGGCAUGGAUAACUUCCGCGAAGCUACGUAGAUAAAUGACCAAGUUUGAAAUGCAUUACCUUGUCAGUAUUUUAAAUACAAACUAAUUUGCGAAGCAGAGAAUUGAGACUGAUUUUAGGACAGACCAAAUUAUAGCGAUAGAAUUCAAAAGAAUUCUUAAUAAAGAGUCGCAUACGUCCAUAGAUAGCGCAGUUUGCUAUACCGCUGAAAAAUGUCACUUCCCACGUACGACGUGUUGCUGGAAGCAACGGCAGUUGUCAGCACAGUGCUACAAUUUCUAUCUGGCGUCAUUAUAUGCCGGAAGUACAUACAAAAGAAAAGCACUGGUGAAUCUUCGGGCCUACCCUUUAUUUGUGGUUUCCUCUCGACCUCGUUUUGGCUGCGUUAUGGCUUGCUUACCGAUGAGCAAAUCGUGGUGUUGGUCAAUAUUAUUGGCGCAUUUCUGUUCCUAUGCUAUACAAUGGUGUACUAUAUAUUCUCCGUGAAUAAAAAGUCCUUUUUGCGUGAGUUCGGAUUAGUUUUAUGUAUUCUAUUUGGCGUGUGGUACUAUACGGAUUCUAUAGAAGCAGAAGCGGAAAAAAUUCGUCUUAUGGGUAUCAUUUGCUGUGUUAUUACAGUGUGCUUCUUCGCGGCACCACUUACCAUGCUGGUUCAUGUGAUACGCAUGAGGAAUUCAGAAAGCUUACCCUUCCCAUUGAUUGUUAUGACAUUUCUGGUCUCUGUACAGUGGGUUAUCUAUGGCGUCAUCAUAUCAGAUACAUUUAUACAGAUUCCAAAUUUUAUUGGCUGUUUACUGUCGCUGCUGCAACUGUGUUUAUUCGUUAUUUACCCGCCCAAAAGUUAUUCCGGGCAAGGCUAUCGUUUGGUCGACCAAUCGCCUAUAUUUUAAGAGACCAGGAAUAGCUACGUAUUACUACCACACCACAUUACGCAUGCAUGCAUGCAGUAGUUGCCAAAUAGUAGGUGAAAACUUAAAUGUAAAUGUUGAUGUUUAUUUGCAUCUACAAAGGCAGUAAUUAUGCUGCUAUGCUGAAUUUAUAAAUAAUUACUUAAGCUGGCUGAUUGUAUUAUAAAACAGUUCAAAGAAGCAAUUCAAUAAAAUUAUAUUUGGAAUAGGUUAAACAUUAUUCUUUAACGUUGUA